AGAAAUAAACUGCUCCUACAAAAGCCUGCCGAGAUCAGAGACGGUGGUUGCGCGAGGAACCGGAGAACCGAAAUAUCCCGGCGGUCUCUUGGGCACCGCCGUCAAUCGACGGAAUCACUAUCUGAGUACGAAGCAAGGGAAUGCGGUCGGGAUUGAGCCGACGGCGGUCGGGAUUGAGCCGACGCGGUUGAUCAUCCUCUUCCGCCGCCGGGGGUUGGAGACCGCCGGGAUAGAUGGGGAACUGUCUUUCUUCCAGGGAUCCUAGGGCUCGCCCCAGCAGGAAAUCAGAUGGAGGCGUCAAAGCAAUUGUCCCAUCAAAAAGUAAUUCACUUGCACCGUCAAGGAGCAAGACUGCUAGGCCAUCAAAUAGCAUAGCUGUAGCAGCAUCAGAAAAUGAAGCCACUGCACCUCAAUAUAGGAAGGCGGUCAUACCAUCAGUGAAACCGUCAACUGCAUCGUCACUUUCUACAUAUAAAGAUGCAGGGAGAUCUGGUUAUGUGGAGAAUGAACCAGUGAUGAAUGGGGAUAUGAAAGAUUUCCAACAGAUAACCACUUUUGGAAAUGUCAUCAUAUUUACAUAUGAUGAGCUGAGAUUAUCAACUAGGAACUUCCGUAAAGAUUUGAUUCUUGGAGAGGGUGGCUUUGGGCUUGUCUAUAAGGGAGUUAUGGAUGAGAACAUCCGGCCAGGUCUGAAGCCCAUGUUUGUUGCUGUUAAGGAUCUCAACCGAGAUGGCCUUCAAGGUGAUAGGGAGUGGUUGGCUGAAGUCAAUUACCUUGGGCAAUUGAGUCAUCCUAAUCUUGUCAAACUCAUUGGAUACUGUUGCCAAGAUGAUCACCGCAUGUUGGUUUAUGAGUAUAUGGCUCUUGGUAGCCUAGAGAGGCAUCUUUUCCAACGGGUACCUCAAACAAUUGGAUGGGACACUAGGAUAAAAAUUGCUUUGGAUGCUGCGAAAGGGCUUGCUUUUCUUCAUGGAGCCAAAAGACCCAUAAUCUAUCGUGACUUCAAGACCUCCAAUAUCUUGCUUGAUGCGGAUUACAAUGCUAAGCUUUCAGACUUUGGCCUUGCAAAGGAGGGACCAAUAGGUGAUAAGACACACGUUUCUACUAGAGUAAUGGGUACCUAUGGAUAUGCAGCUCCAGAGUACGUGAUGACCGGCCAUCUUACCGCAAGAAGUGACGUCUAUGGUUUCGGCGUCGUACUCCUCGAGAUGCUUGCCGGUGGCAAAGCACUCGACAACAGCAGGCCCGGACGCGAGCACAAUCUUGUUGAGUGGGCUCGACCCCUCCUCAUCCGCCACAAUAAGCUGCUGAGAAUUAUUGAUCCCAGAAUGGCAGGCCAAUACUCUCAUAAAGCUGCACAGAUAGCAGGAAACUUGGCCUACCAGUGCCUCAGCGAAAACCCGAGGGGCAGACCCUCCAUGGCUGAAGUGGUAAAGGCCCUGGAAACCUGCAAGAGCACAAAUGAACAAAAUACGUUGCAGUUCAAUAAUAAACCUCCUACUGAAGCUUCUAAACGUGAAUCAAAGACACACAAAGAUGUUAGGAGUCUUGUCAUGAAUGGAGGAAGAGAUGGUAUGCUGCUUGAUAAAAUGGACAGAAGGGCUAAACGCCGGUGCACGAGCGAUCCACCGAUGGAUUUUGAUCAGCCUGAGAUGUCUCCAGAUCCUCGGUUCAGUAAGCAGAGGGGCAAUCUAACUCCUGAUCAUUACCACAAGCCAUAUUAUGUAUAAACUCUUGAAAGGUAUUUUUUAAUGUAAUUUAUCAUUACACAGUUUGUGCUUGAAUUUUUUUGAAUUGUUCAAGGUCCAGACAUAAUCCAUGACCAUUUUGAUUAUUGAAUUUGAUUAGUUUUGCCGGAUUUUUGCAUCAUUAUGCAUAAUGAGAGCAUUGAAAUUGAGCUGGUUCUGAUAUAGGAGCUUUAUGUGAAACAAUGAUGAAUUGCUCGCCCACUUAACCAAAUUGAGAAAAGAGAAGAUAUAAACUAAUGCGUUGUUUUUUAUGUAAAUAAACCAUAAUCAGUCAUGUCUACCCAUAAUCACAUCCCACUAAUCCAUAGUCAAUGAAUACAAACAAUGCUAUUUGUGGCAUAUUCUGAGAUCAUUUUCCAAUUUCCUACUCCGAUCAGACAAAUUUGACGCUUUUGCGAGAAAAUAAUUCAGCAUAAUCAAACUUUUGCGGAUGCUGCUGAUAUUAAGUCUGAAAGCCAAAUAACCUGAACGAUUGAGAAUAUGCUGCGGUAUGCUGAACAGGUUGAUAAUGCAAUAAUUAACUCCCUUUGGAUUCUGUGCCCAGAGUGCUCUGUAAAUAGAAAUACAAUAGAUUCCCAAGGAAAAACACAUAAUAUUUCUCGCUCACGCUCCUAUUGUUUCUACUCUCUUCUCACUUCAUCACUCACUGCUCUCCGUCUUCUCUCGUCAUCUCCAUGUAUCAUCUCUUUUUUAUGUCCAAACCGAUAGUCUUUUAUCACUUCUAGAGCUCGGAGCAACCCAAAAUUGCAGACUGUCGUUCCACAUGACAGGGCGACUAGGUGCUGGCCUGCGGCUUUGGCUUCAUGCGUCAAGGACUAGUACCAGGGCGCCUAGAUGCCUAAGAUUGGCAUAGGUCACCGAUUCAACACU